AAUUAAUGUUACUUACAUGACCCAAAUUGGAAAGUAUUUUCUUCUAUAGCUUGCCCAGUGACAGCCUGGAUGAGUUGAUGCUUGUAUCUGGAGCCUGCUACACAUCCACAAAUUUUGCUGGUAGCCUCGAGCAAGCAGUCAUCGCUGUGAAGAUGGAAACGGAUUGGCUUUUCGUUCUCGCUGUUUAUGUCGUCCCACCAGCAGCAGCAUGCUUACUCUUCCUAUUGCUCUUCCUAGUGGUCAAGUAUUACAGACAGACACUCAGGAUGAAGAGCAACAACGAGGUUCUUCUUUUAACGCAGAUCAGAGCUCUCUACAAAGAGAUCAUUUUUGAGUCCGUGGAUCGGAGUCAACUUCUCUCCCCAGCCGCUAUAAAGAAACGCAGCCGAAUUGCAUCACAGCGUCGAAAACGAACGGCACGACCGAGUGCUAUCGUCCUGAACGAGAACAUCAGCAUUGUUCCCGAUGACUUAAAGAUCAGGUUCGAUCAGUUGAGCAUGGGAAAAGUGCUCGGACAUGGUGCUUUUGGCCGAGUCUACCAAGCAGUGCUCACAGAUUCCUCCCCUAGCGACGUGCAGAGCACAGUGGCAGUCAAAACUGUACAAGAUACAAGUGACCCCUAUAAAAUCAUCAAAUUUCUGGAGGAAGGAUUAAUUAUGAAAACCUUCGAUCAUCCCAACGUACUGGGGCUGUUGGGAUUGACCUUUGACCCGAAGGAGCAGCCACUCAUCGUGAUUCCAUUCAUGGCAAACGGUGAUCUCAAGACUUUCUUAAUGAAGCAAAAGCAGAGAGUGAGCAACUCACAGCUGAUACAGUUCGCUUAUCACGUGGCCCUUGGAAUGGAAUAUCUGGGUCGGCAGAGGUUCGUCCACAGAGAUUUGGCGGCUAGAAACUGCAUGGUCGAUAAUAGACUCGUAGUUAAGAUCGCGGACUUUGGUCUGUCGCGUGAUCUGGACGAGUCCGAUUACUACACCAGCGGGGACAAACAGGCCAAGUUACCCAUCAAAUGGAUGGCACCAGAGUCAAUGGAACGCAGGAAGUACAGCUCCAAAACUGAUGUGUGGUCGUACGGUGUACUUAUGUGGGAAAUAUUUUCGCGAGGAAAGAAGCCCUAUCCUAGCAUCAACAACAAGGAUAUCUACCCGUAUCUCAAGGAGGGUGGGCGGAUGAGUCCACCCACGUUCUGCCCGAUAAAGAUAUCGAAAAUUAUGCAGGAUUGUUGGAAGGAUUCGUCCAAGAUGCGUUGUUCUUUCGGGCAAAUAGUUGAAAGGUUGGAAGAUUUGAUGACAAGUGAACCUGGCAGUUCUGCAUCGAGUGUUCCGCCAAUCAGUCCUUGCUGUCCUCAAGACGCAGACGCGGAGGCUGGCAGCGAAGAUGACCAGAAUAACGACCAAAAUACGGAAAUCAAACACACUUACUUUACCGGUGAGUGGUGCGGGAGCGCCGCGGCGGCGACGACCCUGGGGGAAACUUGCCAGGGGGCAGAUAUUGGUGAAAGCACCGACCAAGGUAGCUAUCUGAUCCCGAUGAAAACUAUGUAAAGAGACGGAGAGGAAGACAUGGAAAUCAUUUGUUGAGGCCGAAGAGAAGAAGAACAGAUAUGGAAUGUGGCAUUGCAAAUGACGGGUAUCAGGCUGUGACAAAACUGUUUAAUUUCUGUUGGUCAGAUGGAUUCAUUUGUCCUAUUCAUACAAAGGGUCCCAAGAAUUACCCUGGAAGUUAGAGGUGUAAAUGUAUUAAGUUCUGUUGGUAAGUUUAGAUUGUUUUCAGAAAUCGUUUAGAUCAUUUGGCAAAAGAUAUUUUAUCAGAUAAUCAAACAGGCUUUAAAUCAGGACGUAGUACAAUCGACAUUAUGUCCGUUAGUGCAAAAGUGUCGCAGUCAAAAGAACAAAUUAUAUGUCUGUUUUGUCGAUUUUAAAAGUGCAUUUGAUUAUGUUGAUUGUAACUUUUUGUGGUGGAAAUUAAUGAAUUUUGGUCUCAGUACAAAAUCUCUCAACAUUUUGGAAAGAAUGUAUAAAUCUGUAAAAUGUUGUGUGAAGUUAAAAUAUGGUCUUACUCAAUGUACUCUUUUUUCAGUGUACGAUGGGUGUUCAGCAAGGUGCAGUAUUAAGCCUACUGCUAUAUUCUUUAUUUUUGAAUGAUAUUGAAACUGAGCUAGAGAGAGCCCCUUUUCAUGGUGUAAAACUUGGUACUAGAAAUAUGAAUUUAUUGAUGAUAUGAUUAUUUUGUCUGACACAUUAUUAUUAGGGAUUUCAUUGCUGAUUCAGAGUCAUUUUGUAAGACGUGUAGACUGAUUGUAAAUGUUAACAAAACAAAAGUCAUUAUUUUUUUAACAAUGAUUUAUCUAAAACAAAAGACGUGAAUAAUUUGAGUAUUAAUGAAGACUCCAUUGAAAUUGUUGAUUCUUAUUUUUAUUUAGGGAUUAUUUUUUCAACCUCAGGUUCAUUUGAGUUAGUUACUAAAAAUCUUGUAAAUAUAAAGCUUACAAUGCAGCUUAUUUAAUUAGAAAAGAAAUUGGCAAUGAGUUAUAUCCUAAACUAACUUUUGGAAAUUGUCGAUACCUCAUGAAGACCCAUUUUUAACUAUGGCUCUGAAAUAACGUGGAAGAAAGGUGAUAAGAGAACUUUCUUUUUUUUUCAAAUGAACUGGUACAAAUGUAUUUUGAAUGUAAAUAGCCGUACUGCAAAUGAUGCUGUUUGGCUGAACUGGGACGCUUCCCUCCAUACAUAGAGCACUGCCGAAAUACUGGCUAAAGUUGAAUGACAAACCAACUCAUUCUAUUUUGUAUAAUGCCUUUAUGGAAGACAUGGAAUAAGGAAUAAGGGGAGGAUUUCUUUGUUUCUGAAGUAAACAAAAAACACCUAUGAUUUGGUUAAAUGAAAUGCUCCCUUGAGUUUGUAUGGGCCUCAUAAUCAGCGUGUUCUUUGUGAUAAAUUUGUAGAAGAGUAACGUAAUGAGUUUAUUUGUAGCUGGUCUGGUAUGUUACAUAACGAUACUAAAGGAACUUGUAGCCACAAAAUAAACUGAGAACCUACCGGAUGGAAAUAGGUCCCUAUACAUUUUUCUUUUUUGGCUAAAUAUCCUGAAUUCAGACAUUAUUUGACUAAAUUUAGAUGCUCAGCUCAUAAUCUGCUUGUAGAUUAUGACUUAUGGAGAUUGUUGACUGGAAGGUAUACUGGCUUAGAAUAAACGUAUUUGCCCAUACUGUCUGAAAGAGGCAGAAACAGAACUGCAUUUUUUAUGUUCCUGUCCCAUGCAUGAUUUUUGAGACAAAA